AUGCUUGCAUCUAUUGAGAUAUUAACUAAAAAUGAAAGACUAAAAAUAAGUCAAGAAUCAGAAAGGAAAAAAUUCAAAAUAACAGGACAAACCAUUUUGAAAGGUGAUCAUAUUUCUAAUUAUGACUUUUCUAAAAGACUCUCUAAUGAAAGUAAAAAUAUUAAACUAAAGUUAAAGGUGAUAAAGGAAAUCAAUAAGCCUUACUUAUGAAAAUAGGGUAUUCAGUUACAGAUGAUCAUAAUUAAGAUUAUGAACGAAGAAAUAGAGGUUAUUCAAUUUCAACAGAUAUUUAAUCAGGAAAUAGAUUAGCAACCCUUAAAUCUGAUAGUAACACAAUUGUAAAAAGAGGUUAAAGUACAGAAAUGAAUAAUAAUUCCUAAUUUAUGAAUUGUCAAAGAACCAAUAUAUACAAUGCAAGAACAAUCAGAAAAACAUUUUAAUAUGAUGAUUCUGAUAGUGGUUUAGAGAAUCUAAAUGAUAAUACAAACAAUAAGAUUGAUAAUAAUACUUAAAUAAUUAAUAAAAAGGUUAGUUUCGAAAAAGAAAAAAUAUCAAAUAUUCCUACUAUGAUUAAGUUUAAGUUUUAAAGAAUUAGAAGAUGUUUUCAAAUAAUUAAAGCUUUAUUUAGAAUGAAGACACUUUGCAAGUAUAAUUAUGUUAAAAUCUUAGACAAAAGAAAUCUUCUUGGGCAUUAAAAUAAGAGAUUUUAAGAAGAAAUUAAAGAUCACUUAAAUUUAAUGAAAACCUUACAAUGAUAAAAAUAAAAUAAUGGACAUAAAUGGUUUUUUCAAAGAUGAUUUCAAUAAUAUAAUAAAAAAAAUUAGAUAAAUGCAAACUUAAUUUCAUUGUAAUUUCUAUCUUUUAUAUUAAAAGGACAAUCCUGAGAGUAUGUCAUUAUUAGAAAAAGAUUAAGCAAUCAUUUUUAUAUUAAAUAUCUUCACUUUUUCAAUGUCUAAUUUAGUUAUAAUGUCAUCAAGUACUAAUUUAUUAAAAGAAUUAUAAAUCAUAAUGUAUCAAGAACAAUUUUUUGAAUACAGAAAAAUAUUUAGUAAAUUUGUUAGUUAAAGAGCUAAUUAUAUCAAUUAACAAUAUUAAGAAUUAAAUCAAUAAGAAAAAUAAAUAAUCUUAUCAGAAUGUAUUAUAAUCAAUUAUUUGAUUACAAGCUUAGUUAAAUUAACAGAAACUAUAGAUAUUUUGAAAUGUAAUAAAUCAAGUAUUGAAUUUUUAAUUAGAUGUUUGAUUUCUUUAAUUCAGUAUUUUUUUAUUCAACACUUUAUAAAUUUUCCUAAAGUUGAGAUGAAAAAUUAAAAAAUUACUUUCUCAUAAUAUUAAUUAGGAAGGAAUAGUACUUCUAUAAUAAUUCUGUAAACUAAUCAAAUUAAAUCAGAUGAUCUGAUUUUUGGUACUUACACUGAAUAACAGCUAAAAGAUUUUAUUAGUAAAGAUAAUUGGUUAGAGGCAAAUAAAAAGAAGAUGAGCCAAAUAGUUACUAAUGUAAAUAGUGUAUUCUGA